AUGAAGACCUCCUUUGCUUCCCUCGCUUUGGCCCUCUCGGGCUCCGCCAUCGCGGCCCCCUUCAGCUCCAACGGCACCACCAAUGGCACAUAUGCCCACCCUACUUCUUCUGGCAUCGUUGCUCCUUCUCGCGCUCCCAGCGGUACUCCUAGCUUCAGCCUGCCUAAGCCCUCUGGAACUCCCGCUUCUAGCUCGGCCUCGGCCUCUCUGGUCGCCGACAGUGUGAAGCGUGGUCUUAUCCCCACCGGUAUCUCCGACUUGGUCUCCGAUGCCGAGUCUGCUCUCGGUGGUCUCGCCUCUGGCGCUGUGAAGCGCGGAGAUGCUCUCCCCACUGGUAUUUCCGACUUGGUCUCCGAUGCUGAGUCUGCUCUCGGUGGUCUCGCCUCUGGCGCUGUGAAGCGCGGAGAUGCUCUCCCCACUGGUAUCUCUGACUUGGUCUCCGAUGCUGAGUCUGCUCUCGGUGGCCUCGCCUCUGGCGUUGUGAAGCGCGGAGAUGCUCUCCCCACUGGUAUUUCCGACUUGGUCUCCGAUGCCGAGUCUGCUCUCGGCGGCCUCGCCUCUGGCGCUGUGAAGCGCGGAGAUGCUCUCCCCACUGGUAUCUCUGAUUUAGUCUCCGAUGCCGAGUCUGCUCUUGGUGGUCUUGCUUCAGGCGCGAUGAAGCGCGGAGGUGUUCUCCCCACCGGUAUCUCCGACCUGGUCUCCGAUGCUGAGUCUGCUCUUGGCGGUCUCGCUUCCGGCGCUAUGAAGCGUAGCUUCUCCGAGGCUAUGCCCACUCCUAGCAUUCCCUCUGGUGUUCCUUCCGGCGUUGCUUUCGGUGGCCCCACUGGUGCUCCCACUGGUGCUCCCUCCGGCAUGCAUUUCGGUGGUCAGAAGCGCAGCUUCACUUCCAAGGCUAUUCCCACUCCCUCCGGUACUCCCAGUGGUGCUGCCCCGGCUGGUUCGGCUGCUCCCACUGGUAAGGGCAGCUCCUUCCUCGGUUUCCCUCUGGCCUAA